AUGACAGUAACUUUGCAAGAUGUUGCAGUUCUGUUGGGUCUACCUAUUCAUGGGUCAGCGAUAUCUGGUAGAGCGAAUGUUGACAUAUAUGACUAUUGUUUAAGGUUCCUUGAUCAAGUUCUACACCCCUCUAAUAUGAAGCCGAGAUGUCUUUCAAUUGGGUGGCUGGCUAAAACCUUCGAUCUAACGAAACUUCCCACCAAUGCAACCGACGAAACUAUACAGUGUUAUGUUCGUGCCACUAUAUUGCGAAUAAUAGGUGGUGAUCUGAUGGGCUCUAAAACAGAGGGUUAUGUGCACGACAUGUUCUUUCAAUUUGUUGAGGAUUUACAUCUCAUGCAAGAGUAUAGUUGGGGCAGCGCAUGCCUUGCAUACUUAUACCGCAAUUUGUGUAAUGUUGUUGACCCAUAUAUUAGUCAGAUAUCGGGUCCUUUAUUACUUCUGCAGCUAUGGGCAUGGGAGUGA